UGUGGUUUCCAGGCGACUUCAAGCUGCGCGGUGACGGUUAGCUGUCCACCCUUCCCGGCCUCGUUUCGGGGUGGGAGGGGCCUACUCGAAGAUGGCGGUCCAUUUACAGAGGACCAUCGUUGCUCGGACUAAGAAGCCUACUGCAUCCGUGAUUUUCCUGCACGGGUCAGGUGAUACUGGGCAAGGUAUAAGAGCAUGGAUAAAAGAUGUUCUGAAUCAAGAUCUGAUAUUUCAACACAUACGUAUAAUUUAUCCAACAGCACCUUUAAGAUCCUAUACACCAAUGAAGCAAUCUAUGUCAAAUGUGUGGUUUGACAGAUACAAAAUUUCCAUAAACUGCCCAGAACAUCUUGAAUCAGUAGAUUCAAUGUGCCACGUAUUGGGUAGCUUUGUGGACGAAGAGGUGAAUGCUGGAGUUGCAAAGGACAGAAUAAUCUUAGGGGGAUUUUCAAUGGGAGGGACAAUGGCUAUGCACUUAGCCUAUAGAUUUCACCAACAAGUAGCAGGAGUGUUUGCUUUGUCCAGUUUCUUGAAUAAGGAUUCUAUUGUUUACCAGACAAAGCUGCCCCCUCUGUUUGCCAUGUGCCAGUUGGGUUUGGAGAUGACCCAGAGAGAGAGGCUACCUUGCUCCACUCAGACUCAUUGCCUGUACUUGGAGAAGUGGAUGACUGUCAGAGAUGGUAGGAACUGCAGAUGCUGGAGAAUCCGAGAUAACAAAGUGUAGAGCUGGAUGAACACAGCAGGCCAAGCAGCAUCUCAGGAGCAGAAAAGCUGACACUUCGGGCCUAGACCUUUCAUGUUUAAAGCUGUUGUCAGGAAAACACUGUACAUACUUACUGAAAAGUUGAGGAAGAAGUGAAAUAUCACCAUGCAUAUGCCAACUGUUUUCUGAAGCAAUGAUUGGGGAUUGGGCAGAAAAUAGUUGAGAAAGUGAAGUCCAAUGAAUUGUGCUGUUGGUGAGAUGCUAAUAAGCACCUCCAUUGCAGCUUGUGAGAUAGUUGAUGUGGCAGCUCAGGGAGGAGAGUGGAAUUAUUAAAAUUUAACUUGAGGGUGAGAAUGUGAUCCACUUGCUAUUCCUCUCACAGUUCCAAACAUAGUAAUCAUAUAAACCUCAUCACUGCUGGAGUUUGAACUUAUAGAAGUAGGACUGAUCACCAAAAAGCACCUUGUCAUAAAUAUAAAAUCACCAUUUUUACACCAUGAGGAAAAGGCAGAGCAGGAAAAGUGAGAAAAACAGCAAUGCAAUGUAAUGAUAUACUCGUGAAAGAUGCAGCAGAUGGAGAAAGAAUAGUAAUACAAAAUACUAAAAUAUGUUUGGAAGGUAUAAAUAAAUGUUCUUCUGUGAUGCCACUUGCACAACCAUGUGAAGAUAGAGUAGUUCUUUGAAUGAGCAACUUGUCUCUCAUUAUUUAUUGCAAGGACAAGACAAUGUAAUCAACGGUGCUACUUUGGAACAUGUGGACUCAUGAAAAAUGCUGCACAAAUAUAAAUCAUUCCUCUUCUAUGACAAAAGAAUGAUUUUGCUGGAGGUUGAAAACUGACACAGAUUGUAAAAUGCCCAGUUAACACACAUUUUAUGUAACGGUCUUACAUAUAGGGUACAAUAAUUCUCCAGCUGCA